AAAAAUGUUUUCUCUUCCACCUGAAGCAAAACUUGAUGUAUUAAAAUGCUUUACUUUUGAUCAAUUAUCCUCCGUUAAACUGGCGAGCUCUUACUUUUACAAUUCAAUUAAUAAACUUGAAGAAAAAUUGUGCUAUCGAAUGAAAUUUAAUCAAAUCUCAAUAGUAAAUAACCAAAUUUUCCUCUAA